AUGAUUCAGAAGCAUGUGGUGAGCUACUUUCCAAGAUUCUCGGCCAGGUUUCCAAGACUGGACACGCUGACGCAGCGAGGCUGCCACUACUGCGCAGAGAGGUUGGCCUACGACCACUGCUUUCACCGGAACAUCGGCUAUAUGGACUGGGCCUUCAUCCUCAGCAGCUUCGAUGCCUACGCAGCAAUGCCAAGUUUGCCAAGUUUGCCACAGGGGCACCUUGGGUCCCAAGAGUUGUUGGCGCUCCCAGGAGCUGUUCUGGACAUGGCGCAAAAUGCUGAAGCCAAGGCGAAGCAGCCAGUCUGUGUGCUCUAUGUCCAAGAGGUCAAGUUUGGAGGACCCCGCCACUCCAGCGAUCACCUGGCAUUGGCUUUCGAGUGGCGCUCGAAUAAGACUCACUCUUCGCCAUACUUUCGGGGCACCAACAUGGUCGCCUUGGAUGGAUCUGCUAUCUACUCCAGUGUACACCGACCCACGUGCAGGCACGGAACAACGUCGGAUGUUUUCGCACUAUCCACGCUGAGGUUUAAUCAUUACGUGGAUGCCUUUAGCAAGCGAUGUCGCGACUGCCACGUGCGCGACGACAGCAUCUUCGCGAGCAUCCAAGGUGCGGCAGACCUGCAGCGACUGGAAGCCGCUGCGAAACUUGCCGGUCAUUCUUUCCCGAUGGACGCGCGCUCAGAUGAGCCAAGGGUGGCUGACCGGGAAAAAGCAGACAGUGUUGAUGUCCCCGAGUAG